CGUCACACGUUACGGAUCGUAUGUUGCGGUUUUAAAUUUUGUUUUGUAAAUUCUUAUUUACAUAUUAAUAUCAUGGUUAUUUGAAUAAAUAAUUGCAUUUUUUGUAUUCCUUUAUCUUUAUUAUAAUAUAUAACGGUGAUCACCAUUAUGGAGUCAAACGGUGUUGUACUGUGUGAUAAUCUAAUAAAAUGGUUACAAACGCUAAAUCUCACUGCUAAACAUGGAAAUCCUCUAGAACUAUCUGAUGGUGUUGCAAUAGCAGAAGCUUUAAGCCAGAUUGCACCUGAAUAUUUCACACCCAAUUGGAAUUCAAAAAUAAAAACGGAUGUGGGUCAAAACUGGCGCUUGAAAGUCAGCAAUUUAAAGAAAAUAUUAGAGGGAGUUGUUGAUUACCAUCAAGAUAUUCUUAAUUUAAGUCUACAAGAAUUCUCAAGGCCUGACGUCAUCAACAUUGCUGAACAUGCCGAUCCAGGAGAUAUGGGCAGGCUGUUACAGCUAGUGCUUAGCUGUGCAGUCAACUGCAUCAAAAAAGAGGAGUACAUCACGCGAAUUAUGGAGUUAGAGCUGUCUUGCCAGCGAUGUAUAAUGCAAGCGAUACAGGAAUUGGAAAACAUCACGUUGGGUCAAAACCGCGGGAGCUUGCAUUUGGAUGGACCCGCACAGGAUGAGGCGGAUGUGGACAUGAAAGAGGCCCUCGCACAGAGAUGUCACGAGCUUGAUGCGCAAGUAAAAGCUCUCCAAGAGGAGAACAUGACGCUACUAAGCGAAGUGAGUCGCUUAGCUGCGGCUCGAGCAGCAGAUAUCGAGAACAAGGAAGGUGGUGACUUGGACGAUGGGGGUACAUCCCUAGGGCCGGCACAUGCGGGUACUUUGCGAUAUAGCAAUAUGCGAGCUCAGUUAGAUGCGUUGAAAGAUGAACUGGAUAAAGUAGAGUUGCAAAGGGACGAUCAAAGAGCAAGGUCCGAUGCUUUGGAGCGAGAGGUGGCCAUCUUGAAGCUGAAGAAUGAAGAGUUACAGAUGGCAGCGUCCGAAAACGUAGCGUUAAAAGAUGAAGUAGACGCUUUAAGAGAAACAGCUGCGAAGGCGGCGGCUCUAGAAGCGGCAGUUGCUUCGUACAAGAAGAGAAUGGAAGAACACGUUGAUUUGCGGAGACAGGUGAAGUUACUAGAGCGAGCGAACACAGAGCACGUGCAGCGCGCAAUCGAACACGAACAAGCGGCCGCGCGAGCGAACGCUAUUCGCGCGCAAUUGGAUAUUUAUAAGAAACAGGUUAUCGAUUUAAAUGAGAAAUUAGACGCGGAAGUAACAAAAGCAGACAGACUCGAAAUAGACAAUAAGAAACUGAGCAGUCAAGUGGCGUCCGCACAGCGCGAGCGAGACGCACUGCUGCAAGAGCGGGACACACUCAAGGAGACUAUCGAUGAAUUACGCUGUUCCACUAUUACUACUGGUGCGAGUGAAGAUAACGUAUCACAAGAAUUAAUUCCUAACGAUUUGAAAGAGCGAUUGAUUCGGUUGGAACAUGAAAAUAAAUUAUUGAAGCAAAACCAAGGCGCGCAAGCCGACCAGGCUUCUGUUCAGGCUCUUUUAGAAGACUACGCCGCAAGGCUAGAAAAGCAGCGGGCGAUGAAUCGCGAGGCGAACCAGCGGAUAAUGCAGCUAGAAGCCAUCGAGGAUAGCCAGAGGAAAUUGGAAGAGUUGCAAGGUGCGCUGGCCGAGGAGAAGCGUCGCGCGGGCAGGCUGCAGGAGGCGCUGGCGGCGCGCGAGGCCGAGCUGCUCGCCACUGAGGACAAGUACAAGAAGUGCGUCGAGAAGGCCAAGGAGGUCAUCAAAUCGCUCGACCCCAGGACUACCGGUCAACAAUCGCUGUCGGACAUAACACUGAACUAUUCCCGCGGGGCUCCCAACACGAGUGGUACAAGUGGCACCAGCGGCACCAGCGGCACCAGCGGCACCAGCGCCGCGGCUGCAAGGGGUGAUGCAACACCCGCCACACACCGGCACGAUUGGAGCGCGGGCGUCGCGGAGGACGGUCGCAUGACAGCACAGGAACAGCGCCUGGUAGCAGCCGCGUGGUACCAGCUGAGUGCGAGGUGUCAUCGCGAAUCGGUUGAGGCGAAGUUCGCGUUACGUUCUGCGGGAAAUUCGUUCCUCGCGAGGCAGAGGCGGCAACCACCGAGGCCGAGGCAUUCCCCCGCGCCUGCGCACUAACUUGUAUACAAUAUGAUAUAGUUCAGUUGGAGCGUGGACGUCGCGGACGAUGGACGUGUCAACGCGAAUGAUUAGCGUCUAGUAGCAGCCGCGUGGUAGUUGGGCACGUGGUUGCGUUGCACUGAAUUGUUAUGAACUUUGACGUACUAUGAAAUAGUCGUAAAAACAUCAGAGCGGCGUUCAUUAAAAAAACACCUUAUUCCCUGGCAGUAAUGUUCAAAAUCUAUCAACAACUGAAGACUAGUUGUAAUAAGCGUUUGAGUCUGGUAAAAAGACUCACAAUAGCUUAAACCAUCGUAAAUAAGGGUUCGAGCAUUAAAAAAUUCAUUAAAAUUAACACCUUAUUUCGUGGUAUUAAAGUUCAAAGUCUAUUAUAUCGCUCAUUAGAAAACUCUACCUAAAAUACGAUUAGGCAGAGUUUUGCUUCGGACAAUUUUUGCGAGUUUGUGCGUCCAGUUGUUUAUUAUACGUCAAUACUAGAAUAUCACGAAUUACUACGAUAGCUAUGUGCGUCGAGCUGAUGAUUGAAUAAUAUGUUGGGAAAUGAUGAUGGAAUUAUAAUAUAAUAUGUAAUUGUAAUUAAAUAAUAAAUUAAUUCAUAAUAACACAGGGUGUCACCUAUCCUUAUGAUUAAGGUAGACAAUAUAAAUAAAGUGAAUUUUAUGGUGUCGCGUCUAAUGUGUCUAAUCAAAAGUUGAAUUUUAUUUUAUCACAAACUAAAAAUUAAAAAUCUUUCUAUCUUGCGCUCUGACUCCGCUAGACGGUGUCACUAAAUUUAUUUAAAUCAAACACAAAGUAGUCGACUACUAACUUAAAUGAAUUUUUAAAUAAUAAGUAAUUAAUAGAUAAUUAUUAAAUGCGAUUACCUUGUCCAGUUUACAUAUUAUUCUCGUAGCAAGCAUAACGUUGAAAUGAGUAAAAUAUAUUAUUUAAGAUUGCUUUCAAAUCUCUUAUCUUCUUUUAAUUUUUCUGUCACUAUUUCUUAUCAAUUUUUAAACGGUUUUUAUUGUUUUACUUCUAAU